GAGAUAUGAAUGGCUUUCAGAGGGUUCAGACUCAGACGACUGAGUGUUGUCAAGAUGGCGGCGGCGUUUAGCAACCGCGGUGGCAGCGGCGGCGGCAGUGGGAUUCUGGCGGCUGGACUCUUUCGCAAUCACGUGGCCAUCGUGACGGGCGGGGGCACGGGCAUCGGCAAGGCUAUCGCUGCUGAGUUGCUGCAUCUUGGUAGUAAUGUAGUGAUUGCCUCUCGUAAAUUUGACAGAUUAAGGGCUGCAGCGACAGAGUUAACUGCUGAAAUUCCCUCCACCAGUUCUGUCCAGGUGACACCCAUACAAUGCAACAUUCGCAAAGAAGAGGAGGUAGAGGCACUGGUGAAAGCAACAUUAGAUCUUCAUGGUAGGAUAGAUUUUUUGGUCAACAAUGGAGGAGGGCAGUUUUUUAGCCCAUCUGAACUAAUAAGUGCAAAAGGCUGGCAUGCUGUUAUUGAAACCAACCUGACUGGAACUUUCUAUUGCUGUAAAGCAGUGUAUAAUGCUUGGAUGCGGGAUCAUGGGGGUGCCAUUGUCAAUAUUGUGGCUAACAUGUGGAAAGGGAUGCCUGGCUUAUCGCACAGUGGAGCAGCAAGAGCUGCUGUUGAUAACCUGACCAAAAGCUUAGCCAUUGAGUGGGCAUGCAAUGGAGUGAGGAUUAACUCAGUUGCCCCGGGAAUUAUAUUUUCAGAAACUGCUGUUGCCAACUAUGUAGGUGGUGAAAAUUUGUUUAAAAACAAUAUUGAGAAGAUUCCUGCAAAGAGAUUAGGACUUCCCGAAGAGGUAUCAGCUUUGGUGUCUUUUCUGCUUUCUCCAGGUGCUUCUUUUAUAACUGGAGAAACUGUGAAGGUUGAUGGUGGACAAAGCCUAUAUUAUAGCUUCUGGAACAUUCCAGAUCAUGACAGAUGGCCCUCAGCACCAGAUGGACAUAAUGCCAAAGCACUCAGAAGCAUGCUUUCAGGAAAAUCUAAAUCAAAACUAUAAUUCAAAGAAAUGGGAUUUGUUCCCAUUUCAUUAGAAAAAAAAGCUAUUUUUCAGUAAUUAAUUGCAAUUUAAAAAAUCUGUGCCUUAGAAUAAAAACACCUUUUUAAUGAAGAAUUAAUGAACCUUUAGAACAUUCAUUAAACACAAUUAUAUGGAGCCAUAUUAUAUAAAGUUACAUUAUUGAACUAA